AUGUUCCAGCACGCAAACUAUAUUCUGCACGUCUUCAUGGCAUGCGGGCUCUAUGGAGUCCGUGCAAAGGAUGUGUGUCCUCAAAUGUCAACGGAUAAGGAGGUGUGCCUUGUCGAACUAGCGCCAGUGCUAAAGUAUAUUUCCCAAAACCAUAAGAGCCACUGGAACUCUGCUAACGAAGUCCAAGUAAAUGAAACCAGGAAACAACUGGCUAAGAUUGAAGGUCAGGAGAAGGAAGCAAACGACAAAUUAAAAGGAAUUCACGACAAUGUGGAUAGCGAAUUUAAUGCUCUAAGUGCGCAGAUUAAGAAUGUGAAGAAUAUCCAACGUCACUUAGCAAGUCUGGAGUUACAAUUGCAAGAAACGAAAAAAGCCCUAAAUCUAUCUGUGGAAGCCAAAAAAGUGAUUCCAAAAACCGAAAUCCCAUCCCAAUUUCAGAAGAUUGGCUGGAGGCAUUUUUUCAUCGAAAAGAAACAUAAAGUGGAUUGGUUUAAAGCGACAAGUUUGUGCCAAAAAAUGGGUGGUCACCUGGUGACAAUCCAGAACGAAGACGAACUGGAUGCAAUCCGUACGGAACUUAAGGACACCAAUGAGGGGAAUCACGACUUCUGGCUGGAUAUCAACGAUAUUGCCAAAUGGGGUGAAUUCGUUUCUUUAGCCACAGGAAUGAAUCCACCCUUCUUCAAAUGGCAUAAACUUAGGCCUCAGGUGCAAAUUCAUCAGCGCUGUGUUCACUUACGUGGAGGAGAAAUGAUGGAUGGAAAGUGCAGCGAACAGUUUCUUUUUAUUUGCCAGCUUGCAGUAAAUUAAAAGAUUUAACAAUGUACAAAAUUAA